CAAUCCAAGAUUCCUAUACGAAAUUUCUUCAAUGAGACAAGUUUUGAUUGUUACAGAAAAGCCAUCCAUAGCAGAAACAGUAGCAAAUGCACUUUCUCAAGAUUCUUAUCGGACUAGAGCUGCUCGAAAAAGUCCUUGUCGGGUACACGAGUUUCGUGGUUACUUUCGUGGUCAAAUGGCGAACAUAAAGGUUACUUCUGUCCUUGGUCACGUGUAUAGCUUUGAUUUUACGAAGGAAUACAACGAUUGGAACUUAGUGGAAGCAGAAGAACUUUUCUUUGCCGGUGUACGUAAAGUAGUUGCUGACUCUGGUUCCAAAGUGGUUAGGCACUUGGCAACGGAAGCUAUAGGAGUCGACUACCUUGUCCUUUGGCUAGACUGUGAUAGAGAAGGAGAAAAUAUAGCGUUUGAAGUAAUAUCAUGUGUGAAGCAUUCCUUGCAAAACGUACCGGUUAUCUACGGAAACAGAGCCAACGUGUUUCGUGCUAAAUUUUCAGCACUAACAACUAAAGACAUUUGUAGAGCGAUGGAAAAUUUGACAUAUGUUGACACAAACCAAGCGUCGGCUGUAGAUGUGAGAGCAGAAAUAGACUUGAAGGUGGGGGUCGCGUUCACACGUUUUCAGACUCGCUAUUUUCAUGACAAGUUUUCGAGUCUCGAUUCCAAGUUGGUCAGUUAUGGCCCUUGUCAAACUCCUACUUUAGGUUUUUGUGUUGGGAGAUUGGAUGAAAUUUCCAAGUUUUCACCAGAAACAUUUUUUUUGGUAGUCGUGAAUGUUCGAAAGAACAAUCGAACAACAAAUUGGUACUCUUCUCGUGGCAAGAUAUUUGAACGAAAAGUUGCUAGCGCAAUCGUUGAGCGCAUAAACUCCUAUUCAAGUGGUAUUUCAGGAAAGAUUAUCGAUAGAACAACAUCGAAGGAAAGGCGUCAUCGGCCGUUACCAUUGAAUACAGUGGAAUUGCUCAAGUUAGCCUCUAAGAGAUUGAAGAUGUCUCCUCAUCAAGUAGCACAAGUGGCAGAAAGUUUGUACACUCAAGGGCUGAUUUCAUAUCCACGAACGGAAUCUUCCAAGUAUCCGUCAUCCUUCGACAUUGAAGCAGUGUUGUCAGAACUGGAAAAAACAUCUACUUGGUUCCCUAUCGUCAAGAUCUUCCGAGAGGGAAAGUAUUUAAACAAAUCAAGGCAAGGAGGUGUGGAUAAAGGUGACCAUCCCCCUAUUACUCCCGUCCGUGGAGCAGAAAGAGGCUCUCUAAGAAAUGCAGAGCACGAACGUGUUUAUGAACUUAUAGUAUAUAGUUUUUUGGCAAGUGUUUCAGAAGAUGCAGUUAUAAUGAGUCAGCAAUACUGGAUGCUUCUCAGUGGAGAAAAGUUUGUCUUCUCCCAAAGGAAGCUUGUGGUUCCUGGAUGGCUAGAGUUUUCAAAUUCUUCCAACCACAUGGAGUCAUUGAAUAUGAAUAGUGAAAUAUUCUUUGAACAAAACGAGUCUAUAGAAGACUUUACAGUUUCUUUAGAAGAAAUGCAGACGGAACCUCCUGAAUAUUUAUCGGAAAGCGACCUAGUCGGGUUAAUGGAGAAAUAUGGUAUUGGAACUGAUGCAAGUAUUCCAACCCAUAUCAACAACAUCAUCACAAGAGGCUAUGUCCGGCUUUCAAGCGAAAGACGCUUGAUACCGACACAGUUAGGAAUUCUGCUGUAUCGAGGGUAUCAAAAAAUAGAUCCUCAGCUCGUGUCUCCAGUAGUUAGGAGUCAUAUAGAACAAGAAAUAGCUCAAGUAGCUUCGGGACAAGUUGACGCUAUGAGUGUUGUUGAACACUGUUUGAGUGUGUUUUGGAAAAAGUUUAUAUAUUUUAGAAAACAUAUUGACGCCAUGGACGAUUUGUUUGAAACAGUGUUUACAAAUAUGCAUAGUAGAGGAAAGAAGUUUUCGUUAUGUGGAAGAUGCAAUAGAUAUAUGAAACUGAUUGAAGAGAAACAGAAUCGUCUAUUUUGUAUGAACUGUAACGACACUUUAAAACUUCCUCCAGGGAAGUUUCAUAUUAUGAACGGCAACAAGUGUAGCAUAGACUCUUUCGAGCUAGUGACGUGGGUUAGUAGCUGGGGACGACCGUUACUUAUUUGUCCGAAGUGUUUCUUGGACUCUUCCACCGACACAAACUUCAAAGAACCAGAAUGGUAUCCUGGUUUAGGUUGUACACAACUCUCUACGUGUUGCAGUCUUUCUUGUCCUUGGCGGCAGUGGCACCAGAACACUAUAGGACUUUGUGCCCAGUGCGUUCAGCAAACAGAGGUGAACAAGUCGUUAUUUUGUCCUGGUGUACUUUUCUUAUCUCCAAGGGCUCCAGUUCAAGUCUAUUGUAACCGCUGUAGCUUUUCCCUCAAGUUCUCUCAAGGUUCUGUCGUUCAAGUUGGUCUUGAGGAACAAGACGAGAAGUGUAGCGCAUGCCACUCCAAAAAGUUAUGGUUUAAGAGUUUAUCUGAUAAUGUCAGGCAAAAAGGUUGCCUUUACUGCGACUCUCUAUUCCUCGCUGUUUUGACGAGAGAUACGCCACGUAGAGCGUUCCGUGUGUCUCAUUGUAAACACCGAACCAAGUAGGAAAGCUCGUCACCUUCAUCAAAAGGUUGGGAUUAGACAGCGAAGCUACGAAGAGCGAUUGACGUCAUCGAU